CUACAUUGACUGCUCUACCUCCAUCAAUGUGUUCAUUCACAUCCUCAAAAAAUUCAAUGAGGCUCGUAAGGUACGACCUGCCUUUGACAGAGUGGUGCUGACUAGUCCUAAUCAUAUUGUGCCUCUCCAAAUGCUCAUAAAUCCUGCCUCUCAGGAUCUUCUCCAUCAACUUAGCAACCAAUGUUACUAAAUAAAAUCAACUGAACAGCUAUAGCCUUGGAAACGAAUCUUUAUAUCAUGAGUACCAAAAGAUUUUCUAAAUAAUCAAUUUUCUCUGUCAUUUCAAAGGUAUGAUGUAUUUUCCCAUUUAGACGUAGGGUUCAAGAAAUUUGGCUAAAUAAAGCCUUAUAAUAUGGUCCAUUUGAUGAUAUAUCAAACUAUUAGCCUUUCAGUCAACAUAAUACUUUCGAAUGAACACAAAGAUAACUCAUAUCAGAACUUCAAUAAAGAAUGGGUUUUGAAGUCUAACAGUUUUCAUUAUGAUAGUAAAAUUUCUACAUAUCCCUAUGGCUCUUCAUGCCACAAUUCAGUAUGACCCUCUAAUGGACUUCAUGUGAACUUACUCUGAAGUCUCCUGCUAAUUAUCAUUUUAAAUUUACCAAAAUAUUAUAGCAUCAGAAACUCUUUAAACUAAUGCGAUAUACUGGUGUAUGUGUAUAUGUAUCAGGAAGCUGUUGGUCUGAGCUGAGUCUGUUGAUAGUAAUUGAAAUAACAACAGCAGGUGAAGUGAGUCAUAAUUCCCACAAUCCAGGAAAGGGUAAACUCACCCUUUGCUUUUGCCUUGAACAGUUCUUUGCAUUGAGCUGACAGCAGCAGAGACUGCACUGAUAAUAGUAUCCUGGACAUUAAUAUUCUUAAGGUUUGCAUAUGAAAUAUUUGAUGAGUACUGAUGCGAAAGAAAUAUAAACCAGCAUCAGUCAAUGCCUUAGGAAAGGGAGAACUUUGAGAGAAAAUAAAUUUCCUAAUAUUAGUGAAUACACACAAUGAAUAAAAAUUAUUAAAAGGAAAUUUCUAUAUUCCAAAAUAGAUCCUUGUUUUCAUUGUUUCCCCUUUAAUCUGCUCUGCAGUAUGUAGAUGUAAAGGGCAUAUUUUUGCUAGAUGUACAAUAAUAUUAAAUAGUGACUUCGCGUUCAUUUUUUCUUAUAUGGAAAAAUGCACCCCCUCCCCACUGCCAGUUAGCUCUCUUUCUUGGACAUGCAUAGCUAAAGCAAGAUAUUUUAAUUAUAAGAAAUACGCUCCCAAGUUAUAGAGCACAACAUCUUCUUCACCCAGGUUCCCACUUAACACAAAAACUCUGCGUGCACUUUAUCAGCAUUCGAAUAGCUUUGGCUUUCAAAUACCCAGGAACACCAAACACUGGAGAAAAUGGCCUUUGAGAUAAUGAGGAAUCCAAUUAGGUCUUAAUCUAGCAUUUUCCGAAGUUUGGGCACUAAGUUUUAAAAAGUAUAUUGGUGUGAAUUUUAAUUCCUCCAAACAGAAGCGAUGCCUCCAACUUAACUAAUUAUGCAAAAAAUAGCCAAACUGAUCUAACUGCGCGAUACAUUGUACGUCACAAACUGUUAUUGAAUCAAUGACGUCACGUGAGAGUAUCCUUAAUUAGGGGAUAAUUUGCCCAACCUGUUUUAUGGCGCAUUCAGUGGAAUGCUUUUGAAUUUAUCAGUGUAUUGGCGCUAUGGUCCUACUUGGUCUACAGUUAUUUGUAUGAUAAUACCUUUAGUAGCCAAUAUGUGCAGCGUUAUGAUUUGGAGUCGCAACAUAUUUCGCAUUUUGAUAUGUCUGCUGGAAAUUGUAGCAUUGCAUGGAGGUGCCGGGUUGAGUGAACAGCCUGAUGGUAGGAAGGGGAGGGACUUGGGUCCCCUAAUCGAAAUGUUGGCUAGGAAGGUCAGUCCCCGCUCUCCACUACUCUCGGGGCAGAAGGAACGUGACCAACACAUGGACUACAUGACUAACCUCUACAGACAGUCGGCAGAUCGGAAUGGGAAUCCCAAAGCUAACCGAAGCAUUAUGACAAAUACCAUUCGCUUGGUGAAAUCCAGCUCGAGUGUUUUGUUUGCCAGUUCAGGUCACUGGCAAGUCCACCAUGUUGAAUACAAUCUGCAGUAUAUUCCAGAGCUGGAACAUUUGAUUAAAGUUGUUAUUGUUUAUUUGCACAGUCCUCUUCCUAAUUACUUCAAGGUUUCUUGUGAGAUCAAAUGCCUCCUUGCAAAUAAUGUUGAUGUAAACUUACAGAGUAACACUGCCAUAAAAAUGCCUGUCAAAUUUAUGCUGAAGAUGCAUGCUCAAUGGGCAGAAGCUGAUAUAACUCCUUGUGCGCAUUUCCCAUCUGGCAAUUUUGUGAAGAAAAUUUAUCUGAGCAUCAGUUAUAAGUGUACUGAACAAGGAAAUGUCAGUCAAGGAACUCUGGACAAAAAGAACACUAUCCAGCUCCAAGUUCCUUCAUUGUUAUUAUACUUGAAUGAUACUGAUGAGACUGCCCAUCAAAGGACAGAGAAAGAAAAGCAACUAUUUCUCAAAAAGCCAUCCAGAUCUCAUCGGUUCUCCAGGAAGCCUCGGCAAUUAAGUAACAUUACCCCAGACAUUCCUAGCAUCCGCAAGAGAAGCUCUCCUAGGAACAAUUGCAAACUCCAUUCAUUCUGGGUAAGCUUUGCACAAUUGGGAUGGGAUCACUGGAUUGUGGCUCCUCACAAAUACAAUCCAAAGUUUUGCAGGGGUGACUGCCCUAGAAUUCUCCACUAUGGAUAUCAGUCUCCAAACCAUGCAAUAGUACAAAAUUUUAUCAAUGAAAUUGUUGAUAAAAAUGUUCCACGACCAUCUUGUGUUCCCUCAAAAUAUAGCCCAAUUAGUGUCCUUAUGAAGGAGCAAAAUGAUCAUAUUGUGUACAAGGAAUAUGAGGACAUGAUUGCAGUUUCUUGUACAUGCAAAUAGAAUUGUCAGUUGUACCAUAAGUUUAGAAUUCAGGGAAGUUUACGUAGAGCAACUAGUUACUUGAGUUGGUUAUCAUAAAAUGUUCGUUGUCUUAAUUGCAUCCAUUCAAAGUAAGUCAUCCUAUGACUGUCUCUUGGAUGUAAUUUGUUACUUCUAUCACCAAGUAAAGUAACUUGUCUAAAUUGUAGUGCAGUGUACCCAUAGCAUUACUAUUUGGUCCCCUCAAAGUAAUGUUGUUCCUUAAUGUUAUCUUGCAGCGAUUUGCACACUAUUGCAGUUGGUGGGGGGAGUAGAUGUGUGAAUAGAGGAGGAAUAUCCCAAAUGUGAAGAAUAUUCUGCAAAAAAUGGAAACAAUUUGAUUAAAACUUGAUGUAAUGAGUUUAACAAUUUUGUAGUAUCAUAUUUAUAAUUGUAAUUUGUAAAUAUUGCUGAGUAUUUCUAGUCAAGUUUGCUAAUUAUAGGCAGAGUCCAUCUUUUAUAUUGUCAAGUCUGCUAAUUCUAAUUCACUCGAAUAGGAAUCUUUCAAUCUGAAUGUAAAUAGCUUCAAGUUUUAAUGCCAGAAUUAGAAUAACUCCAAUAAAGUUAUGUAGCCUUACUUGCAGUAACCUUUUAAAUUCAUAUCUCUUCAUAUAUGCUUCACUUGAGUAUUCCACUAGAUAGAUCAAGAUGCUACCCCCAUAACUGGCACACCAUCACUUUAAAGAGCUGCAGUACAAUACACAAUACAUAGAGGUUGGGGGGGCCAGGGAGAGGAAAACACAAGAUUAGAGGGAAGAAAUGGCUUGGGAUCUCACUAAAUGAGACAUAAUUUUGUGCACUAGGAAUGACUAACUCAAUGGAACAAAUUUAAUCAUUUUUAAUAAAUAAUGCACUUUGGUUUUUAAACACCAAACUUUUAUUUUAGAACUGGAACAAAUGAAUCUUGGCUACUGCAGUGUAAGGAUUAAUAUAAUCUAAAAUGUAUGUAGGUGUAAUUGGAAGAUGUAGUUGUAAAUCUAGAAUCUGAAGUUUCCUCUGCUUCUGGUUUAUCUAUUACUCUGAAAUUUUCACUGUUAUUUGUUCAGACUUGCUGAUAUCACCUAUUUUUUUCCUUUUAAGCUACAGUUGAUCUAUUUGCAAUAGAUGCUUGGCUGACAAGUGUAGAUCUAAAUGCUACCCCAUAGAUUUGGCUUUCGUGUACAUAAUAUUUAAUCAAUGAAGCCCCUCUAUACAAUAGAUAAAGAUAUACUUAAUAUGCUUAGAUAUGGAAAUAAUUCAGUGACCCACUUCAGUAUCUGUAAUUGGCCUUCCUAUUUUGGGAUUUAUUUGUACAAAUUUGGUGUUCAUUUACUGUCAAAGUAAUCUAUUGUUUAAGAUCUAAAUACUUGUGUAUGUAGUGUUGUAUCUAUUAACACUGAAAUUCUACAAAACUAACUUAGAUCUUUGUACCAUACCUAAUAAAGAAAUGGCUUG